UAGAGUUGGUGAUGAUGAUGAUGAUGAUGAUGAAGAUGAGGAUCGUGACGAAUCCUUGUUCCCAUUUACAAGAUGGCUAUAGUUCUCCACUGAUGUUCCUGGACGACCUGCAUCAUAGUUUGGCAGAAACGUCCCAUUUGAAGAAACUGAAGCUGCCAUACGAGAUCAGCAGUUGUUUUCUGGCACUCGUUACGGUUAUCAGCAGCAAUAGCCAGAUCCUCCUGCAAAUGAAAUUUCACUGUUUGAGUGCAUACUUUGCUGGAGCUCGAACUCCCGGAUCAUUCUGGAAUCGUCACCUGAAGACGUGUUCAGGUUCUUCUUCCAUGGUGCUGAGUUGAUAUUCAAGCGACUCAGUAAGCUCGUUUUGCGCUGCCUUCAGAGCAUCUACAGUUUCGUCUAAAGCAUUCUGAAGUUCUGAUAUUUUCCAUGUAAGCUACUCUCUGAGUCAUUUAAUCAAGCUCAUGUAUUAAUGGCUUAUCCAAUGAAGCUUCUCCAAAAG